CCGGCCCGGCCCCGCUCCCGCCAUGGCCUCCGCCGCCUCCGUUACCGCUGCCCGCGGGGGCCGGCUCGCGCGCGGGGCCCCGGCCGCCGCACGCCGCCCACCAGGACGGCCGCCACAGCCAUGGAGGGAGGGAAAAAGCGCCAGGAUAAAGACACGUCAAAAGGAAAAAAAACACCUCAGGAUGCUUCAGGCACGGCUCCAACAGAAGGAAAGGCAAAGCCGAAAAACCGUAACACAUACAGACUGGAGCCACGUACUAAAGUUCAGGAUGGUUUAUUAAGAGACAAAGCUCAAGCGAUACUAACGAAUAAACUACAAGAAGCCACAUAUGAUGGAGCUUCUAGUCCCUUCUUGUGUGCUUCAAUCUCAGAAGAAAUAUUAAAUGCUGUGAAGGAAUUGGACUAUGACCGUUAUAAGUAUGUGGUAUCAGUGCUAAUUGUGGAAAAGGCAAAUCAGGCAAUGAUUCAGCUUGACUUGUUUGAGGUGCUCCUGAAGCUUUUAUGUUCUUUAUGGGUAAUAGUAUCCCGAGGUGACAAUUCAAGGUGCUGCUAUGAUUCUGCCUAACUCUCUGAAGGUUGUUGUCUUCAUGUGUUCAGUUGCCAGCAGAUGCCUCUGGGAUGCUCAAAGAGACACUUGGGUUUCAGCUAAAUGUGAAACUGAUACAUUUAUUGCACUGGCUUUGGUAAUGGCUUGUUAUUACGACUAAAACUCUGAAAGUCACAGCUGCAUUAGUGCAUCAUAAUACAUGGUAUAUUUGAAAAUUUUCAAAACAUCACAAUUUUAAUAUUCUUAUUUGUCCUAUUGGUGUUGACACAUUCAAACUGACAUACAGGAGAUAAUUUAGCUCGGUUUUGCUCUGUUUAAAAUAAAACAACAAACAAAACUGCUUUG